AGCAAGUAGAGGGGAUACACAGACGAAACGCACACAGGCGAACAGCCGUGUACGUGUGCGCUCAGCGCCUCGGCAAGUGGCUGCUUGCUUGCGUGUCCCCUCCACUUGCUGCAGCAUGUUGCUAGCGUCCGCAAACUGGCAUCUCUGCCUGGAAUACAGAGUCUGGCCAUAGACGUAUAAUAUAUAAACUGCGCGUCACGAACGACGAUUCUUGCUUUUGUGCGUGCUGCCACCGCUUCGAUACUCUCGUUGCAGCGGGCUCGAUCUUUCAUCACUGCCAUCACUGGUUAACAGACGUGUCUCUGUUUCUCUCUCUACGUAGCGCAUAAACAAUUUUGUAAAAAAAGAUGCAGUCCGAUGAGAUGUUAUCUGAAAACGAGGAAGAAAUGCUUGUUUAUGUACAAUUUGAAGGGCUUGUUGGCAGUAACGUGUUCGAUGACAAAAAUCUUGAAUUAGAUAUAGUUGGAAUAGAUACAGAACAUCCUAUAAUACAAAUUAAUGGACGAUUUUACGAAGGCACCUAUGAAGAUGCUGUGGGCACAUAUAUGUUCUUUGAAAAAGAAGAUAAUCCUCAAGUGGAUGAUCCUAUAUUUGAUAAAGCACCUACUUUAAAAUAUUUUGCUAAAACAAGAAAACUGCUCAAGAUGCAGAGAGUUUUUACAAAACCAAGAACAGAGAUUUUAGGUGAUUCCGAACAGAGUGGCUGUACUCCAAAUAUGGAAAUAUUAUCUCAAGCUGGAGUACCUCCAAAGUAUCAAGAAGAAGCUCUUCAAUUUUGGGAACAACUAUAUAAAGAGAGACAAGAAGAAUUAAAUAUGCAUUUGGAAAAGCAACAAAUUGGAGAAGAAAAACAUCCUGAAGAUACUGUAUCGGAACUUAAAGAAGACAGCCAUACAGCAAAUAAAAAUGAUCCUCUUAUAAUAGAUAAAGUUGAAGAUAAUUCUCUCUCUCUUUUAAUAAAUAAAACCAAAGAUAAUUCAGAGAAAACGUGAUUACAUGUGGAAAACUCUAUUUAUCGGAAAAAAAUCACCAGGAAGUUCAUCCGGAUAUUCUCCUGUUAAACAGGCAGUACAAUGGCCAGCAUAACUGCUUUCGCGAUUGUCCAUGUUGUAUC